UCUAAUAAACGUGCUGGUGUGACGGUUCUAUCAGAGCUGUAUCGAAAGAAGCUCCGUGACUGAAAACAAAAUAUUAACAGUUAAAACUUCACUUUGGACUUUAUAACAUCAGCUCGAGUUCGGAGCGGCUGGCAAAGCAAAGUGAAAGUAAACGCUCAUGUGAGUGAAGCAGGAAGGUAGUCAUAAGAUAAUGAGAGGAUGGCCUCCAUAUCUGGCCCCGUCCGGGCUAACAUCACUGUUCAGGAUGAAGGAAAAGUUUUUGCUCCCAUGAUUGUUGGAAAUGUGUUUAACAGUCUGUGCAUCAUCAGCUCUGACUCCAGCAAACACAAAGUAAUCACUGAGGGAGCUACUUUCACUCCAGUCCAGGCUGCUCCGCUGCAUCAGACUUCUACAAGUGGUGACAACUGUCAAAAUUACACAGAUGUCAGCACCAACCUGAAAGGCAGCCUGAAAGUGGAAUAUGAGCGCAUACUCGAUGGGAAUUCCCUGACUGGCCACAGAAGAUACCUGAACGAAGUUUACACUGAUCUCUACAUAGUGGAGAAUGAGACAGGAGGAGUUAUUCAGGGGCAUGAAGUGAGGCAAAUGGAAGCAUUUUCCAGCAGACCUGCUGGGGAGGAAGUUCCAAUCCACUGCAAUGACAUUUUCAAAAUUCAAGCUGAUGGUAAACGUAACAGAAAAGUUCUGACAAUGGGGAUUGCAGGAGUGGGCAAAACUGUCUCAGUCAACAAAUUCAUACUGGACUGGGCUGAGAAAAAGGAGAACCAAGACAUUGUCUUAAUUUUCCCCCUUCCCUUCCGCGAUCUGAACCUAAGGAAAGACACAAACGUCAGUUUGAUGGACCUGCUCCAGGAUUGUCUCCCAGGUUCUACAGAAUUUGACUCUCUUCCACUGGGUGAUGGUAAAGUCAUGUUCAUUUUCGAUGGGCUUGACGAAUGCCGCUUCCAUUUGAACUUUAACGACAGUGAGAAACUAAAGGAUGUCAAGAAGAAAGCAUCAGUGGGCUCAAUAAUUACAAACCUCCUUAAAAGAAACCUUCUUCCAUCUUCUCUGGUUUGGAUAACUUCCCGGCCUGCUGCAGCCCAUCUGAUACCCCGAGACCACAUUGACCAGGUGACGGAGGUGCGAGGGUUCAGCGAAAAGCAAAAGGAAGAAUAUUUUAAGAGGUAUUGUGGUGAAGACCUUGCAAAUAAAAUAAUGAUGCACAUCAAAAAAUCCAGGAGCCUUUACAUCAUGUGCCACAUUCCAGUCUUCUGUUGGAUCUCGGCCACAGUCCUUCAGCCACUGACCCAAGACAGUAAUCUGAAAACACCUACCACUCUGACUGGUAUGUACAUACACUUCUUAGUUCAGCAGGCAAACCAAAUGAAGAAUAAAUACCCUGGCUCUCACAAAGACAUCAUCCUAAAGCUUGGCGAACUAGCAUUUUGCCAGCUUGAAAAGGGAAACCUGGUAUUCUACAAGAAGGACCUUGAAGCAUGUGGGAUCGACAUCAGUGGAGGUUCAGUGUACUCGGGAGUAUGCACUCAAAUCUUCAAGAUGGAAAAGAGGUCUUCUGAACAAAUGGUGUACAGCUUUGUACAUCUGAGUGUUCAGGAAGCACUCGCCGCUGUCCAUGUGUUUCAUUCACACAGAUUUCAUAAAAAAAGCCCAUUUGUCCAGACUCUGAAAGCAGGAUUGAAAUGGUGGUUCAAACAUUCCAGCUAUGAACUUCACAAAGGUGCAGUUAAGAGGGCUUUGCAGAGUGAGAACGGACACUUGGACCUUUUCCUCCGUUUUCUCCUGGGUCUCUCUGUGAAGUCCAACGAGACAAACCUGGAAGAACUUCUACCUGGAAUGAGGAUCAGAUCAGCGAGCAUGAAGAACACAGUCAACUACAUCAAGAAGAAAAUCAGAAUGUCUGAAUCAUCAGAGAGGAGCUUCAAUCUCUUCCACUGUCUGAGUGAACUGGAAGAUGAUUCUCUUGUGAGUGAGAUCCAGAACUUCCUGAAGUCAGGAGAUCUUGCCAUAAAGGAUCUCUCAUCCACACAGUGGUCAGCUCUGGUGUUUGUGCUGCUGAUGUCAGAUGAGAUGCAGGAGAAGUUUGAGCUGAAUAAAUACGGAGAAUCAGACGAAGGAUUGAGGAAACUACUGCCAGUGGUAAAAAACACAAAAAAUGGAUUGCUUGACUGCUGCCAUCUCACUGAAGUGAGCUGUGGAUUACUGGCCUCAGUCCUCAGCUCAAAUUCUUCAUAUCUUAUAGAGCUGGACCUCAGUAAUAAUGACCUGCAGGAUUCAGGAGUGGGGCAGCUCUCGGAGGGGCUCAGGAGUUCACAAUGUAAACUGAAGACACUAAAGUUGUCUGGUUGUAUGAUCACAGAGGAAGGCUGUUCAUCUCUGGCUUCAGCUCUGGAUUCAAACCCCUCCCACCUGACAGAGCUAGAUCUGAGCUAUAAUCACCCAGGAGAGUCAGGAGUGAGACAGCUAAACGAGAGACGGAAUGAUCCAAAUUUUAAAUUGGAGAUACUCAACACUGACCAUGGAGGAGAAGAGAGGGUCAAACCAGGACUGCAGAAAUAUGCCUGUGAGCUCACACUGGACGCAGACACUGCACACACAGAUCUGUCAGUGUCUGACGAGAACAGAACGGUGAAAUGGCUGAAAGAAAAGCCCCCGAGUCCUGAUAAUCCUGACAGAUUCGAUGGCUGGUCCCAAGUGCUGUGCAGAGAACGCCUGUCUGGGCGCUGUUACUGGGAGGUGGCAUGGAGCGACAUGGGAGUUCAUAUCGGAGUGACCUAUAAAGGAAUCAGCAGGAAAGGUAAAGGUAACGAGUGCUGGUUUGGUCAAAAUGAUAAGUCCUGGAGUCUGGACUGCACGAAGGAGAAAUACACGGCCAGGCACAGCAGUAAUAAGACCAUUAUUUCAGCCACUGGUCGCUGCUCCUAUAAGAUCGGAGUGUAUCUGGACUGGCCAGCAGGGAGGCUGUCCUUCUACGACGUCUCGUCUGACACACAAAAGCAGAAACUCAGUCACCUUCACACUUUCUUCGCCACGUUCACCGAGCCACUCUACACAGGCUUUAUGGUGAUUGAUACCACUGUGACUCUGUGCAAACUGGUCUAGUCCAACUUAACCCAUAGAAGUCUGAGGUACAUUUUUACUAUAAAUUUAAUUGCAAUUAUUUGGAAUUGCUUUAUGUACACAUGUACAUAUAUUUAUUCAUUUACAUGUUUAAUACAUUUCUUACAUACACGACUGCACACUUAAGAAUGUAUAUAUUAUAUACAGUGCUGUGAGAAAGUAUUUCCCCCUUCCCAGUUUAUUAUAUUUUUUGCAUAUUUGUCACACUUGUAUGUUUCAGAUCAUCAAACUCAUUUUAAUAUUAGUGAAAGAUAACCCAAGUAAAUACAGCUGUUUUUAAAAGAUGAUUUCAUGUAUUAAAGAAAUGCUGGUCAGCCCUAGCUGGCCCUAUGUGCAAAAGUAACUGCCCGCUUAGCUACUAAAUCAAUCAGUUAACCAAAUUCAAUUGAUUAUAGGGUUCAAUUCCACCAGCCACACCCAGGUAUGAUCACUGCCAGACCUGCUGAAUGUAAACUACACUUAAAUAGAACCUGUCCGGCAAUGUGAAGCGGCUAGAGAGUCUCAAAAAGCAGCACAUGGUGUGACAUUCUGGAGAUUCAAGUACAGAUGCGAAACAGUCAUUGAAAUCUACCUUCUGUUACAAAGCCAUUGCUAAGCUUUGGGGACUCCAGAGAACCGAAGUGAGGGCCAUUAUGCACAAAUGGAGAAAACUUGGAACAGCAGUGAACCUUCUCAGGUGGCCAGGCUACCAAAAAAAUCACUAAGAGUGCAUUGACAUCUCAUCCAGGUGGUCACAAAAGAAUCCAGAUGAACAUCUAAAGAGCUGAAGGCCUCACUUGACUAAGUUAAGAUCAAUGUACACGAUUCCACAGUAAGAAAGACGAAACAAAGGAUGAAAAUGGCAUCCAUGGGAGAGUUUCAAGGUGCAAACCACUGCUCUUGCAUUUGCCAAAAAAAUGUCUAGAUGACCCCCAGGAGAAUAUUCUGUGGACUGCAUUCCAACAUAAUGCAUUCCACCACUGCGUUCCACCAAGAACAUCAUACCAACAGUCAAACAUUGUGAUGGUAGUGUGAUGGUCUGGGCUACUGCAGGACCUGGACGACAUGGACGACUUGGCAUAAUUGAUGGAACAGUGAGUUCCUCCACAGUUCAUCCAAAGCAAUCUAAAAGACUCAAGUUAUCACAGGUUAAAGCAAGUUAUUGCAGACGUUUGAUUGCAGUUGUUGCAACCUGUUAUUACAUUUAGGGCCGCAAUUAUUUUUUCACUUGGGUGAUAUAGAUUUUAUAUAAAUGUUAAUCCUCAAUACGUGGAAUGAUCAUUUAAAAGUUGCAUCUUGUGUUUACUUGUGUUGUCUUUAUUUUUUAUUUAUAUUAGUUGAAUGAUCUGAAACGUAAAUGUGAUACAGCAAAUACAGAAAAAAUUCACAGCACUGUAUAUAUAACAGUUUUAACUAAAUUAUAUAACUAUUCACCAAAAUGUAUUUGUAUAUGUUUUAUUCAGUAUUUCAAGAAUUUUAUGAACAAUAAGUGAA